AUGUCAGAGGACCGCGCCGCAAUGUCAGUCGCGGCCAUCGCGAGGACGGCGGCGAGGCCAAGAAACAGCACCAUUGACGCGGCGCAGCGUCUCGGGGGGGCGCUCGAGGCGUACGCCGCGUCGGCGGCAGGGGCCAGAGUGAUUCGGCGAGACCGGCACUUCUUCGCGAACCAAACGCACCACGACGUGGUGAGGGCUUUUCUCCAGAGGGUGAGACCGGGGCCGGACCCGCGGACGGGGUUUGUGGACAUCGAAUUUGAACACGGGAGACGCACGGACGCCUUGGUGGCGGCGGGUUGGCUCUCCGGGGGGAGGGAGUACGCUACAACCCCUUCGGCGGACCCCUUCCGGCUCCCGAGACCCAUCCGAAGCACCGCGCUGGCGCGCUUUGGCCUCGACUUUGACGACGGAGCCGCACAUGCGCGGGCGGCCCUCGCGGUGAUUGGAGUCCACAGGGAGCUAGCGGCGGAGUUCCUCCGGGGGGAGACCAGGGAGAAGGUGCUUGUGGCGAACCGGUGGAGCUGGGAGAGGCUAGCGAAGACGAAAGGCGGCAGCGGAGGAAGCGACACCAACAACGAGGGAAACGACCACACCGGCCGUCGUAUGACGCUCGGCAAGCGAGCAAGAGAGCGAAUCGGGGAGAACCGGAGCCCCGGGAGGACCGAAGGUGGAGCCCCGGGACCGAGGACUAAGCAAGUGUCUGUUUGGGCGUGGUGUCCAGUGUAA